GCAGCGGCUCCCCCGCCCUGCUGCAGGGCAAGGUGCUGGACCUGGACGAGGACGAGGACGACCUGGAGGUGUUCAGUAAGGAUGCCUCAUUGAUGGACAUGAACUCCUUCAGCCCUAUGAUGCCAACAUCCCCUUUAUCAAUGAUAAACCAGAUCAAGUUUGAAGAUGAGCCAGAUUUAAAGGAUCUCUUCAUCACAGUUGAUGAACCUGAAAGCCAUGUUACUAUCAUUGAAACUUUCAUCACUUAUAGGAUUAUUACUAAGACAUCUCGUGGGGAAUUUGAUUCCAGUGAAUUUGAAGUUAGGAGACAUUAUCAAGAUUUCCUUUGGUUGAAGGGAAAGCUUGAAGAAGCACACCCCACUCUGAUUAUUCCACCAUUGCCAGAAAAGUUUAUAGUAAAAGGAAUGGUAGAACGCUUUAAUGAUGACUUCAUUGAGACACGCAGGAAGGCAUUACAAAAAUUUUUGAACCGAAUUGCUGAUCAUCCAACUUUAACAUUUAAUGAAGACUUCAAAGUUUUUCUCACUGCACAAGCUUGGGAACUCUCGUCUCACAAGAAGCAAGGACCUGGUUUGCUAAGCAGGAUGGGGCAAACGGUCAGAGCUGUUGCUUCCUCAAUGAGAGGAGUUAAAAACCGCCCAGAGGAGUUCAUGGAAAUGAGUAACUUUAUUGAAAUAUUUAGCCAGAAAAUAAAUUUGAUAGAUAAAAUAUCUCAGAGAAUUUACAAGGAAGAAAGAGAAUAUCUUGAUGAAAUGAAAGAAUAUGGCCCAAUUUAUAUUUUGUGGUCAGCAUCAGAAGAAGAUCUGGUUGAUACUCUAAAUGAUGUUGCCAGCUGCAUUGACAAAUGCUAUAAAGCUACUGAAAAACGGAUGUCCGGACUCUCAGAGGCCCUGCUUCCUGUCGUACAUGAGUAUGUGCUUUAUAGUGAAAUGUUAAUGGGUGUUAUGAAAAGAAGAGACCAAAUACAAGCAGAACUGGAUUCCAAAGUUGAAGCUUUGACCUAUAAAAAGGCAGAUAUUGAUCUACUUACAGAAGAGAUUGGAAAACUUGAAGAUAAAGUGGAAUGUGCUAAUAAUGCCCUGAAAGCAGAUUGGGAAAGAUGGAAACAAAAUAUGCAAAAUGAUAUCAAGUCAGCAUUUGCAGAUAUGGCUGAGGAGAAUAUCCACUAUUAUGAACAGUGCCUUGCUACGUGGGAAUCAUUCCUUACAUCACAGACGGACCUCCACUUGGAAGAAGCCUCUGAAGAUAAACCUUAAUCCUGCCAAGGACUUCUGUUUGAUCUUUGGGGAACAGCAUCUAUCAACCAAAGUUAUUCUUUCUGGAUCUGCCGUGUCCUUUAUAAAGUGGAUGAGAAGUG